AUGAGUAGACUCAUAGAUGAAAAGAACAUGGAGAGUAAUGAGCAAACUCCAUUGAUCGCCACGGUCAUUAUUGGCCAACCGCAACAAAGAUAUCAACACAAUACCAUUCGUCGAUUCUUCACCAUCGCAGCAACUUGUUGCUUGAUUGUCGCCGUUUUCAUAUUCCUACUACCUCUCACCUUUCUACCUCGACAACAUAGACAUUGGCAUCACGAUAAACCUUAUCAAGAUUCAUCUGCCUCCAUCACAUACGAAGAACUUCAACAAAUAUUGCUCGAUACUCCAAAGGCAGAAAAGGCAAAAGAAUGGAGUAAAUAUUAUACAUCGGGACCACAUGUAGCUGGAACAAAUAAGAGUCAGGUUCUUUGGACACAGGAGAGAUGGCAAGAAUUUGGCAUUCAGUCCGAGGUCAUUUCAUAUGAUGUUUACCUCAAUUAUCCUCGCGGUCACCGACUUGAUUUGUAUGAGAAGACGAAGAGUAAGGGUUCUGAUGUUGAGGAAUUGAAGGUCAAGUUCGAAGCCAGUUUGGAAGAAGAUGUACUCGAAGAAGAUGACACUACUGGAUUGGAUACCAGGAUCCCAACUUUCCAUGGAUACUCCGCAUACGGAAACGUCACCGCACCAUACGUUUACGUCAAUUAUGGUACAUACCAAGAUUUUGAAGAUUUAGUGAAGCUCAACGUUAGUUUGGAGGGCAAGAUCGCUAUCGCAAGAUAUGGUGGUAUCUUCCGUGGUCUCAAGAUCAAGCGCGCACAAGAAUUGGAAAUGGUUGGGACUGUUCUUUUCAGUGAUCCUGGUGAUGAUGGAGUGAAUACUGAGGAGAAUGGAGCUAUUGCAUACCCCGAUGGACCUGCCAGAAAUCCAAGCAGUGUUCAAAGAGGAAGUGCUCAAUUUCUUAGUGUUGCACCUGGAGAUCCAACUACUCCCGGAUAUCCUUCAUUACCUGGAGUUCCACGUCAACCUGUCGAUGGCAAAAUUCCCUCAAUUCCUUCUCUUCCAAUCUCCUAUGUCGAUGCUUUACCUAUUCUCAAAGCCUUAAAUGGCAUCGGACCUGGACCAAAAGAUUUAAACCAAUGGUGGGAUCGAAACCUUGGUUUGGCAUACAAGGGAGUUGAAUAUAAUAUUGGUCCCUCACCAGAUAACCUCGUGCUUAACCUCGUCAACGACGUCGAAUAUGUUACAACACCUAUCUGGAAUUUGAUUGGUAUAAUCAAUGGAACAUUAUCAGAUGAGGUUAUUAUCAUUGGAAAUCAUCAUGAUGCUUGGAUUGUAGGGGGUGCCGGUGACCCAAAUAGUGGUUCCGCAGCUCUCAAUGAAGUUGUUCGUAGCUUUGGUGUCGCUGUUUCGAAAGGAUGGAAACCAUUGCGUACCAUUGUAUUUGCAAGUUGGGAUGGUGAAGAAUAUGGUUUGAUUGGUUCAACAGAAUGGGUUGAGGAAUACCUUCCAUGGUUGAAUAAUGCCAAUGUAGCCUACAUUAACUGUGAUGUCGGUACCAGUGGUCCUACUUUUGGAGCAUCUGCAAGUCCACUUCACAACAAAGCUUUACAUGAAGUUUUAAGUUUAGUGCAGUCACCCAAUCAAACAGUUCCGGGACAAACUGUUGGAGAUGUUUGGAAUGGAGUUAUUCAUACUAUGGGUAGUGGAAGUGAUUUCACGGCUUUCCAAGAUUUUGCUGGUGUUCCAUCGAUCGAUCUCGGAUUUGGACCAGAUGUCAACCAUGAGGGUGGCGGGGGAGCUAUCUUCCAUUACCACUCUAAUUACGAUUCAUUUCAUUGGAUGGAUACAUAUGGAGAUCCAGGAUUUCAUUAUCAUGAAGCCAUGUCCAAGAUUUGGGCCCUUUACACCGCCAAAUUGGCCGAAACUCCUAUCAUCUCUUUCAAUGCUACUGAUUAUGCCAACGCAUUACAAGGAUACAUUAGCAAGACCGAAAAUAAAUUAGAUUCCAUCAUAAUUGGAUCUUUAUCUGAAGGACAUCAUGAAGAAGCUCGCUUUCGUCCUACCAACAUCGAAAUCAAAGGUGAUAUCGAGAUUCUCAAACUCUCCUUCCAAGGUCUUCACAACCGAGCUUCUGCACUCAAAAAUGCAGCAAUUCGUCACGACUCUUCGGCGGCCAUCCUUGCCGAACAAGCCAGUCAAGAUAUUCCAUGGUGGAAAUUGUUCUCCAAGAUUAAACUCUACAAUCGAAUUCGAACCGUCAAUGAGAAAUACAAGUAUCUCGAUAGAAAAUUCUUAUACCCAGAAGGACUAGAUGGUAGACCAUGGUUUAAACAUGUGGUUUAUGCACCGGGUUUAUGGACGGGUUAUGCGGGUGCAGUGUUCCCGGGUUUGGUGGAGAGUAUUGAGGCGGAGGAUUAUGUGAAUGCGGAGAAGUGGAUUGAGAUUAUUUCGGAGUGUUUGGAGCGGGCGGCGGAGUGGUUGGCUUGA